AUGUUUUCCAGAACAUUAUCCAAAUUCCGCAAUACAAGGAGGCUUUUAAGUACGGCUUCGUCGCAAAUUCCAGGCACCAGAACCUCGAAAUUGCCCAAUGGUUUGACAAUUGCCACAGAGUAUAUUCCCAAUACAUCCUCAGCUACUGUUGGAAUAUUUGUCGAUGCUGGUUCUAGGGCAGAAAAUUUAAAAAACAAUGGUACAGCACAUUUUCUAGAACAUCUGGCCUUCAAGGGUACUCAAAAUAGGUCUCAACAGGGAAUUGAACUAGAAAUUGAAAACAUCGGAUCUCAUUUGAAUGCUUAUACGUCAAGAGAAAACACGGUCUAUUAUGCUAAGUCUCUAGAAGAAGAUAUUCCCAAAGCGGUCGACAUCUUAAGUGAUAUCUUGACCAAAUCUGUUUUGGAUAGUAACGCUAUUGAAAGAGAAAGAGACGUAAUCAUCAGGGAAAGUGAAGAAGUGGACAAGAUGUAUGAUGAAGUUGUCUUCGAUCACCUUCAUGAAAUUACGUACAAGGACCAGCCUUUAGGAAGGACCAUUCUAGGACCUAUAAAGAAUAUCAAAUCUAUAACAAGAUCCGAUUUGAAAGAUUACAUAACCAAAAACUACAAAGGUGACAGAAUGGUGUUGGCCGGCGCAGGCGCUGUCGAUCAUGAGAGAUUGGUACAAUAUGCUCAAAAAUACUUCGGUCAUGUUCCCAGAUCUGAUUCACCUGUACCAUUGGGCUCACCAAGAGGGCCAUUACCAGUGUUUUAUCGAGGUGAGAAGUUCAUUGAAGAGAAGACGUUACCCACUACUCAUAUCGCUAUUGCACUGGAAGGUGUUUCAUGGUCUGCCCCUGAUUAUUUUGUGGCUCUAGCAACACAGGCAAUUGUCGGUAAUUGGGAUAGAGCCAUUGGUACAGGCACAAACUCUCCCUCUCCAUUAGCUGUAGCAGCCAGUCAAAGUGGUCCUUUAGCUAAUUCAUAUAUGUCGUUCUCCACAUCAUAUGCUGAUUCAGGUUUAUGGGGAAUGUACAUAGUAACAGAUUCUAAUGAACAUGACGUAAAGCUGAUUGUUGAUGAAAUUUUGAAGGAAUGGAAGAGGAUAAAAUCUGGUAAAAUUACAGAUACAGAGGUAAAUAGGGCAAAAGCCCAGUUAAAGGCUGCAUUGCUGCUAUCAUUGGAUGGUUCGACAGCUAUUGUGGAAGACAUCGGCAGACAAGUAGUGACAACAGGUAAAAGAUUAUCACCAGAAGAAGUUUUUGAGCAAGUUGAUAGAAUAACUAAAGACGACAUUGUUAUGUGGGCAAAUUACAGAUUACAAAACAAACCAGUUUCAAUGGUUGCUCUAGGAAACACAUCUACAGUUCCUAAAAUUUCCUAUAUCGAAGAAAAACUAAACGAAUAA